AUGGCUGAGAUCUCCUCCUACGACGAUAUCCUCAGCUCCAUCGACGAGAAUGCUUUCGAGUCAUUUGAUGGAGAGAGCUUCUCACACACCCUCGAAGACUGGUCCAGCCCUACGGUCCUUGAAGAGAUCGAGACUUUCGAUCUCGAACUCUCCGAGUCCGAUUCAUCAUGGGUCGACCCGUUAGAAUCUGCCAUCACAGCCACCCGCAAUGGAUCCGCUCCAGUCCUCAGCACCCUCUCCCAAUUCACAGCUAUUCUAUCCCAAACUGGGAUCCAUGGCCCUCGUCUCCUGAAAACGAUUAACCUCUCGACUCGAGGUACCAAAAUUGGCUCCGGUGCCCAAUUCACCGUUUUCAAAGACCCUUCCUUCCAAGGAGAGGUCAUAAAACGCGUCAAUGUUCCACUUUCCAAUAAAGCCGACCAGCGCUUUGCAGCGACUAUGGAUUAUCGUCUUCAGUUGAGGACACUAUGCCUUGAAGUUCUGUCGCUCUGCAAUCCCAUCAUGCGUGCACAUCCAAAUAUCACAAGUCUUCUGGCGUGGGGAUUCGACUAUCCAUUUGCGGAUAUGGCUGUACCAGUCCUAUUUAUGGAGGAGGCACUGAUGCCCUUGAGUGACUUUCUCGUCACUGAGAAGAGAGGGGUGGACAUGAGAUACCAGCUUGCACUUGAUGUCGUGAACGGACUAGAGGCACUACACAAUCUCGGCAUCGUACAUGGGGACGUCAAGCCAGACAAUGUGCUUGUGUUUCCGGGUCCGAAUGACAAGGUGCCAUUUCGGGCCAAGAUGAGUGACUUCGGGGUGUGCGUUGACUUAGAAGCGCCCGAUGCCAAGUUCGAGUUGAGCGAUUAUCGUGGCACUCCGGCUUGGUUGGCUCCUGAAGUAAUCGCCGAGGAUAUCUCCAAAUUUGGCAAAUUCUCACCCGACAUGAUGUUUAGGUUUGAUUCUUAUAGCCUUGCAUUGGUGUUACUAUCUGUCUUCACGGCAGAUGGUCAACCUCUUACUUUCAACAAAAGUUCCGAUGGGAUAUCUGAUCGAGUCUCUAAAUUACUUAAUGACCGCAAGGAUAUGCCAUCCGCUAUUCGCAUGGAGAUUCGCAAAGCUGUUUUGAAGCUUUUGGCCGAAGACCCCAGAAGUCGCCCUUUGCCAAACCAGGUAUUGCUUAAGACUGACACACUGGCAUAUGCAUCUUGGUAUGGAAAUUAUCCUCUCCUUCUCACUCACGAGUAUCUGACAACUGGCGAUAGGAUUUCUUCAAUCCAAUCUAGCGCCUCCACAAAUACUCCUACAGGUGUUAUUGACCCAAUUUACAACAAAGGCCCGCUCUUUUGGUACCGACUGGAUGAGAGUAUUCGCAUAGAGCUUGAAACGCAACACGCUCUUAGCAAAGAAGGAAAUGCGCCUCCAUUUACAGGGGAUGUGCUACUUGGAAUAGCCCAGACAAUCACCGGGAAAAAGCCUACGUAUCUUGAUCGUCUGCUGACCUACCUCGGUGACGCUGCCAAAGCAGGAUCCUCACCUGCUAGGGCUAUAUAUGGACAGAUUAUGGAGGCUCAUGGGCAGGAGUCAGAGUUCAGCCAAAACGUGCUAGACAAGUGGAUGCUGCAAGCUGUUUCCGAAGGUUAUUACUUUGCAAAGCAAGGGCGAUUAGAAAAUAAAAUCGAAGACGCAAAACAACGGUUUAGGAUGAACGGAGGGUUUUGCUCUGAUCCAUUCUUAGGAAAAUCCGACGUGAAAGCAGCCAUGAGUCGACAGAAAGUGCUGAAUUGGAUGAGAGAAAGGGGAAUCGUUGUGGACCGCAGAGGAAACACGUUACUACACGCCGCUGCUGCUUUCGGAGCUUGUGAUACAGUGCGGGCUAUACUGGAGACUGCGGAAGUUGGAGUGGAUGUGAAAAAUGAGAAUGAAGAGACACCGUUGUACAAAGCAUUCCAAGCGGGACAGAAAGAUGUGAUUGAAAUCCUUCUCAAUCAUGGAGCUGAUGCAUCCUGCAGAAAUCGACAAAAGAAUUCCCCAUUACAUUGGCUUUUUACCAUUCCAGAUAAUGCGAUUCACGAUAUCACAAAGCGAAUGGUUGAAGGGGGUGCAGAUAUUGACGCAAAGAUGGAGCCUGUGGUCAAGGACAACAGUGGCGGAUAUCCAGAGAAGAUCCAGAUUCUUCAUUACCCAUUCGAACUGCCCCACGGAACACCGCUUCAUUGGGCAUGCUUUUUUCGAAACAGAACUGCAACAGACACUCUGAUUUCCUUUCGAGCAGAUAUCAACGCAAUAUACCACCGUUUAGACUCUUCAACCACUCCACUUGCGCUGUCCGCUUACUUUGGUGAGCCCGAAUUAGCAAGACAUUUGUUAUCUCGGGGUGCGGAUGGAACGCUGCUCGACUCGAUGGGAAGAAAUACGUUGCACCAGAUCACGAAAUACUUUCCUGAUCGACAUGGUUAUCUCCCUCAUCAAUGGCAUUAUUGGAUCCGCCAUGGCAACUGGAAUAAACAUCUUGAGAAGCUCACUGAGCUAGUCAAAAUCUUAGUUGAGGGUGGAGCGAAUGUAAAUGCUAAGGAAAAUGGGCGAUUUCCCCUGACACCGAUUGCUGCUGCUGCUGAGCUCGGAGUCUGGGAUGGGGGAAUGAUAAAUGCACUGCUAGAAGCGGGGGCCGACUUGGAAGAAUCAAUUCUCGCGGGAGGAGAUACAGUCUUGCAUUGUUGGGUCGCCGUCACAGGACCCCGGCUGGAUUACCCCGACUCAUACAUCCCAACCCUCGACAGCAUAGUCCGUGCCAUGCCUAAUAUUGAUAUUCCCACUCGAUAUGAAGAGGAUACGCCUCUUCACACAUUGACUACAACAUAUCACUCCGAGGACGAAUUCGAGGCUGCAUGCAACAUUCUACUUGGUCAUUCCCCACCAGCAGACAUUGACAGAGUGACACGCCGUGGGGCCACUGCAUUGUCAAUAGCCUUGGAGACUCACCUUGAUCCUGGACGACGGGGUCGCUUCAUACUUGAAAAAGGUGCCAAUUCAACCAUUAUAAAUGGGCGAGGCAGAGAUAUUUUCUAUUCAAUUGCCAACAACGCAGUACUCAGCGAUAAACUCAGCCACAAUCUCAUUCAGCAUUUCCUGCAUGCCCUUGGCUCCAACAUGCAACAAGUUUUCGAAAAGCGAUACCUUAGUAACGAAACGAACAGUCGCGAGUCUAUAUUUGCUGCCGCGAGUCACGGAAAGCCCCGUACUCUAGCUCUUUUACUCUCGCUGGGCCUCAAAAGCAGUAUCAAUAUCCUGGACACAACCAAAUCGCCACCACGGACACCAUUGGACCAAGCCCUCCAUUCUGCCGAAAUAAUUCGUCGUGAUCACAUCCAAGCACUAGCAUCAUAUAAAAUCGGCAAAUCGCGUGCCAAUGCAGUUGAUCGAAAUCUUGUGUAUGGUGACAACCAAGGCCCGCCAGAUCGUGCGGCUGAAGCUUAUAGAUGUUUCCCGGAAGUCAUCCAGAUUCUACGAGAUGCUGGUGCCUUACGAAAAUGCGAACUGGAAGGGAGUUCAGACGGCGAUUACAUUGAGCAACCGGCGGAUUGGGAUAAGAGUGAGAUCCAAAAGUACGGUUUUACACAAGAAACUCAGCCGAACGCCGAGGCUUGGCGGGGGUUGUAUGAUCUGGCUAUGUAUAGCAAUGGAUGGGGGUGGCUAAACAAACUUAUCGGAGGGAAAAAGAGCUGA